CCAACAGCAGACCAACAAAAAGCAGCGUCUCUAAGUUGCACACCACACGACAACAUGUGCCGUGUGCGAGAUCCGGCGGUGGUGGUGCUGAUGCUCCCCUUCCCUGCGCAGGGCCACCUGACCCCUCUCCUCCAUUUCUCCCGCCUCCUCGCCCUCCGCCGCCUUCCCGUCGUCUUCAUCAGCUCAUCCGCCCAUAACCGGCAGGCCAAGCUCCGGCUGCAGGGCUGGAACUUGGCUUCCUUCCCCUCCAUCUCCUUCCACGACCUCCCCCUCCCUCCCUUUCCGGUACCAGAACCGGACCCCGAGUCGGUCAUCAAGUUCCCCGCCCACCUCCAGCCGAUCUUCGACGUCUCGGACAUGCUCCGAGACCCGCUGGACCAACUGCUGGGCUCGCUGGCGGCGUCGUCCAGGCGCGUCGUCAUCGUGCACGACCCGCUCAUGUCCUACGCCGCGGAACUCGGGUCCAGGUACGCCAACGUUGAGGCCUUCGCCUUUAGGUGCGUCAGCGCCUUCUCCUCCCUUUCUUUCCAACUCAACCAGCGGAGGGAUCCAAAGCCGGCCAGAGAGGGUCUGCAUCUGGUGUCGCCAGAGGGCUGCUUCACCAAAGAGUUCCUGGAGUUCGUCCACCGCCGCCACCAUGCCGUCCCACUGACCGCCGGCGAAAUCUUCAACACGUUCGAUGAGAUGGAGGGCGAGUUCAUGGAGAAGCUGACGGAGAUGCCACGGUACGAAAAUCGAAAGAUAUGGGGCAUAGGACCCAUCUUCCCGAUCCAAUUGACAAAGCGUUCGGAUCCGAAACCGGGUCUGUUCAAUUGGCUGGACAUGCAACCGGACCGGUCCGUUCUUUACGUCUCGUUCGGGUCGAACUCGUCGCUGUCGUCGGCUCAGGUCUCGGAGCUCGCCGCCGGGCUGGAGCAGACUGGCAAGAGGUUCCUCUGGGUCCUCCGAGCAGCGGAUCGAGGUAAUAUUUUCAAGAAGGGAACCAGACCCGAGAUCCACUUGCCCGAGGGGUUUGAGCAGCGGGUCCGCGGAUCGGGUCUCGUGGUGAGAGGGUGGGCUCCGCAGCUGGAGAUCUUGAGCCACGGCGCCGUGGGUGGGUUCCUCAGCCACUGCGGGUGGAACUCCUGCAUGGAGAGCUUGAGCCUGGGCGUGCCGCUGGCGACUUGGCCGCUGCACUCGGACCAGCCGGCUAAUGCGCAGCUGGUGACGGAGGUGCUGAAGGUCGGCGUGGUGGUGAGGGCGUGGGGAGGAGGAGCUGAGGAGGUGGUAACGGCCGGGAAGAUAGAGAAGGCGGUAAGGCGGCUGAUGGCGGACACGCCGGAGGCCGAAGCGAUCCGAGAGAGAUCGGCAAAGGUGCGAGAUGCGGCUCGGGGUGCGUGGGCUCCCUCUGGAUCAUCUACUGCUGCCUUAGACUCCUUCAUACGCUUGGUAACCAGAGCAUAGUUCGCCUUCAUCGAUACACGUUGGGGAAGAUCCAUCUUUUAUCCAGGGAUCAUGUUCAUUUCAAUUCAUCACGACUAGUCGCUAAGGCCAUGUUGCAUGAAGAUAAAGUUUCUCAUGAUGUCGAAAAGGGGAUAUUUUGAGUGAGAUAUCGAGAGACGUGUUCUCCAGAGAUGUUCUAGAUUUGAACGGGGCAGAGUCACGGACAGCUAUGUAAGUUUUCAUUUUUUUAGUUCAAUUUUACUUUCUCUGUCUAGAAUUGUGGACAAUUUGUACCAUUUCUUUUGGAAUAACAUAGCUUGGUGCGUGUAAAGGUGUUCCAAUCGGAUCAUACCAACUGCCACUGAGUAGAAAGUUGAUGCUCAAGAGGUGGCAACACUUUAUAGAUACUAAGUGGACUAAAUGUUGACAACGCACACACAUAAAAUAUUGAUUCUUUUUUAUUUGAUU